AUGGUUAAGGCUGCUGUUCUUGGUGCCUCGGGUGGCAUUGGCCAGGUCCGUAUUCUCUUUGUCCCUCCUCCUCAUCUCCUUUCUCUAGCUAAUCAUCGUUCCCACCAACAGCCCCUCUCUCUCCUCCUCAAGGCCUGCCCUCUGGUCGACGAGCUGGCUCUCUACGAUGUGGUCAACACCCCCGGUGUUGCCGCUGAUCUCUCUCACAUCUCCUCCGUUGCCAAAAUCUCCGGUUUCCUCCCCAAGGAUGACGGCCUCAAGAAGGCUCUCACCGGCACCGAUGUCGUCGUCAUCCCUGCUGGCAUUCCCCGCAAGCCUGGUAUGACUCGUGAUGACCUCUUCAAGGUCAACGCCAGCAUCGUCCGGGACCUCGUCAAGGGCAUCGCCGAGUUCUGCCCCAAGGCCUUCGUCCUCAUCAUCUCCAACCCCGUCAACUCCACCGUCCCCAUUGCCGCUGAGGUCCUCAAAGCCGCUGGCGUCUUUGACCCCAAGCGCCUCUUCGGUGUGACCACCCUCGACGUUGUCCGUGCCGAGACCUUCACCCAGGAGUUCUCCGGCCAGAAGAACCCCGCUUCCGUGAAGAUCCCCGUCGUCGGUGGCCACUCCGGCGAGACCAUUGUGCCCCUCUUCAGCAAGGCCACCCCCGCUUUCCAGAUCCCUGCCGACAAAUAUGAGGCUCUUGUGAAGCGCGUCCAGUUCGGUGGUGAUGAGGUUGUCCAGGCUAAGGAUGGCGCUGGUUCCGCCACCCUGUCCAUGGCCUAUGCUGGCUACAGAUUCGCCGAGAGCGUCAUCAAGGCCUCCAAGGGCGAGACCGGCAUCGUCGAGCCUACUUACGUCUACCUGCCCGGCGUCCCUGGCGGUGAGGAAAUCGCCAAGGCUACUGGUGUCGAGUUCUUCUCUACUCUCGUGACUCUCGGUACCGACGGUGCCCAGAACGCCAUCAACAUCCUCGACGGCGUCACCGACCAGGAGAAGAAGCUCCUCGCCGCCUGCACCGAGGGCCUCAAGGGCAACAUCGAAAAGGGCAUCAACUUCAUCAAGAACCCUCCUAAGUAA